AUGACUGCAGAAAUGCGUAUACCGUUUCAUGAGUUACAUGAGGUUACAAAUGGAUUCUCAGUGGACACAAGAAUAGGGAAGGGUGGGUAUGGAGACGUUUACAAGGGAGUUUACAAUGGGAGAGAGGUUGCUGUGAAGUUGCUUCAUGUUGAUACGGUACAAGGAAUUGAUGACCAACAAUAUAUCAAUGAAGUUGAUAACCUUUUGAGGGCUAAGCAUCCAAAUAUCAUACAGUUACUUGGUUAUUGUUAUGAAACAACGUCUGAAUUAGUUAAACACAAUGGUAACCGAUGUCUUAGUCAACACAUAUACAGAGUCCUCUGCUUUGAGUACAUGCAGGGUGAAAGCCUAGACAAGCGUCUUCCUGAAGAAUCCUUUGCACCUGAUUGGAGCACACGUUACAUGAUUAUAAAGGGCAUUUGUGAAGGAUUAGGUUUCCUUCACAGGUGUGAACCACCAAUUUUUCAUCUUGAUCUGAAGCCUGCCAAUAUAUUACUAGACAGUUCCAUGGUUCCUAAAGUGGCAGAUUUUGGAUUGUCAAGGCUCUUUGGUGGAUCACACACUCAUACAGAACAUAUCAGAGGAACCCAGGCGUACAUGGCACCAGAAUUCAUAGAAGACGGCAAUAUCUCAUCUAAGAAUGAUGUCUUUAGUUUAGGUCUUGUGAUGAUAGAGAUAAUGACAGGAUCUCCAGGUUACUCCAGUUAUAUAGAAAUGGAUGAAGUCACGCAAUUUAAGCAGAAGGUCGAUUGGAAGAAUAGGAUAAAAGCCAUAUCGGAGUACCCGUCAGAGGAAUUACAUCAAGUACAGACAUGCAUCGACACAGCAAUGCGUUGUGUGGAACAUGACAGAAGCAAACGACCCACUAUAGAAGAUGUCCUGGAUAUCCUGAACAAGACAGAACCUCAUAUCCCCAAGAGACAGAUGGCAGAUGUGCACCCAUGUCCGACAAUUGGUCCCAAGAGCACAGAAUCUGAUAUGUUGGAGAUGAUGAUAUCUGAAUUGGACAAUAUAACAAAUAGAGAUGAACAUUGCAGUUCCAUGCCAAAAGAUAGUUCUAAGCAUGGUGUGCAGCAAGUUCCUGUCAGGGAUACAUCAUCAGAUGUGGAAGAAGGAUUAAUCAUUGGAAGGAAUGAGGAAAAACAGAAAAUAUUGUCUAUUUUAUCUGCGAGUAUCACAGAAAGGAUGGCCAUCCUUCCAAUUUAUGGCAUUGGAGGCAUUGGCAAGACAACCUUGGCACAAUUGAUAUUCAAUGACUCACAGUUCCAAGACUACUCUCGGGUAUGGGUAUAUGUUACCGAGCCACUCGACUUGAAGAAAAUUGGAAACUCCAUAAUAACACAGUUAACAGACAAGGAUAGCAAUGUAGAUGAUGUGGAGAUCAUAAAGAGGCGUCUCUGCAGAUGUCUAUCUGCUGGUAAGAGGAUCCUCAUUAUUUUAGAUGACCUGUGGGAGAAGGAUCGAUAUAACUUAGAUGAAUUGAAGGCUAUGCUAAGGCUUGGCCUGGGAAACAAGGUGAUUGUAGUAACUACACGUGAUGAAGACAUCGCAAAGAAAAUGUGUUGUCCUACAGGUACACCAUAUAAGCUGGAUAUAUUGACGGAUGAUAUGUGCUGGACUAUAAUAAAACAAAAGGCUGCCUUUGAAGACCGAGUCGACAAAGAACAAUUGGAGAUGAUAGGAAGAGAGAUUGCAACCAAGUGUGGAGGUGUGGCCUUAGCGGCUCAGGCACUUGGAUACAUGUUGUGGGAGAUGACGUCUGACCGAUGGGAGUCAGUGAGGGACAGUUGCAUCUGGAAUCUAUCUACUCCGAAAGAUCCAUCAUCAAGAAUUCAUAAAGUGCUCGCAUCCUUGCUGUUAAGCUAUAGCCAUAUGCCUGAUUGCUUGAAGUUGUGCUUUUCCUAUUUUGCAGUCUUUCCAAAAGGUCACAAUAUAGUGAUGUAUGAUCUAAUUCACCAAUGGAUUGCUCUUGGAUUCACCGAGCAAUCUGAUAUGUUUGAUCCUAUGCAGCUCUGCGAGACAUAUGUUACACAACUUUUGGGGAUGUCCUUUCUUCAAUAUUCAAAGACACAACCUUCGAGUAAUACAUGGCGAGACAAAGAUGUUAUAGUGUUAACGAUGCAUGACCUAGUGCAUGAUCUCGCAAAAGAGGUCGUGCCCCAUCUAAUUAAUGUCCAAGGAACCAAAUGCCGCUAUGCAUUGCUCACAGAUUGUACCAAAUCAUUGCAAUAUUCUGUAACAUUUCCUGCAAAGAUAAAGGCUCUACAUUUUCGAGACUGUGACAAACAAGAACUUCAUGGUGGUGCAUUUUCACCGGCUAAGUGCCUCCGUGUCUUGGAUAUAAGUGAAUGCUUUAUUCCAAAGUUACCUGAUUGUAUUGGUCAAUUGAAGCAGUUGAGGUUUCUUCAUGCUCCACGAAUACAAGACAAGGUGAUUCCCAAUUGUAUCACCGAGCUCUCCGAAUUAAAUUACCUCAACCUUAGAGGCUCUCAUAACAUCUCAACACUGCCGGAGUCAAUUGGUGAUAUGAAAGCUCUGAUACAUCUUGAUUUAUCAGGUUGCUAUGCAAUUCGUGAACUCCCAAAAUCAUUCAAAAAGCUUAAGCAGUUGGUGCAUUUGGAUUUAUCACGCAGCAAUAUGCCUGUAGCAGAAGCCUUGGCUUGUUGUACCAAACUUCAAUUCUUGAAUUUAUCAGAUGUAUUUACUACUAUGGACACAAAGCGUGUCAGAGGGCUGCCACAGGUCAUCGGCAAUCUAAUCAAACUAAGGUAUUUAAAUCUAUCGAUGUGCUUGGACCUCAUGGGGUCUUCUGAUCGAAUAGAGCAAAUUUCCAAUUUGCUUUGUUCUAUCAGCAAGCUUUCCAAUCUAGAGCAUCUGGACUUGUCUCGGAGUGAAGGGCUUUUUAGUCUACCAGAAAGCAUUGGCAACCUCAGGAAGCUUCAUACAUUGGACCUCUCAUGCUGCGACCACCUAGAGAAGCUUCCAGAUAGUAUCGAGCAAAUGGUUGGUCUGAAGGUUCUAAAUGUAGAGAACUGUUUUAAAUUGGAUGAAUCCAUGCUCCCUCAGAUGAAUUUUGCCUUGUUGCCAGACUUUGUGGUGCAUGCUUCUAGUGAUAAAUGUAGCAGUAAUAUCAUCCUGCUUCAGCCUACAAAUCCUCGUAAGCUGACGAUAGAUAGACUUGAAAAUGUGAAGUCUGCAGAAGAGGCACACAGUAUAAAAUUGAUAGAGAAACAAAAAAUUAAAGAGCUAAGGUUUGAAUGGACCGGAGGAGCUGGGAGGUUUGUGGAUGACAAGGAGGUGUUGGACAAACUAGUGCCACCAAGAAGUGUACAGGAAUUGUCUAUAUGUGGUUACGGGAGUGUCAGCUUACCUGAUUGGCUUAUGGGCAUUUGGCAGUAUCUCCCUAAUCUUUUGGAGUUAAAUCUGAAUGAUUUUCCUAAGUGCAAAAAGCUACCAGCAGGUCCAGCACUCGGUCAACUACCAAACCUAAAAAAGCUGGGUCUCUACCGUAUGGAAAGCUUGAAAGAGUGGAACACGACAUGUACCAGUGCCGAGAAAGGUACAAAUGAACUGAUGUUCCCUAAGCUUGAGGCCUUGACUAUAGAAGAAUGCCCCAGGUUAAGGAUAAUACCAUGUCUUCCUAGAGCUAUGUCUUUGGACAUAGUACACUCUGAUAAGGUGCUGACAUCAUGGGGAGACAGCUCAUCACACAACGGUGCUUCCUCCUCUUCUCCAAUAACUAGAGUGAGUGUUGACAGCAAGGUACCCAUGCAUCAGUGGAGGUUGCUUCACAAACUCCCUGCCCUCCGUAGUUUAAUUAUCAAUUAUUGCUGUAAUCUGAAGGCCUCACCUGAGAUUAUCCAACACCUCACCUCCCUCGAAGAAUUGUACUUCAAAUAUUUGUCCCUCGACAAGACAUCACUACCGCAUUGGUUAGGACAACUAACCUCUCUCAAGAAAUUGGAGAUCGAGUACUGCAGGGGGAUCAGGUCUUUGCCGGACAACAUCCAACAGCUGACCAAGCUUGAAUAUCUACACAUAAUUGGCCGCCCUACAUUAAAGAAGUGGUGUGAAUCGGAGGAGAACAAGAUGAAGCUCGCUCACAUCAGAAAAGUAAAGUACUUUGGUGCAAAGGACCAUGAUUUAGGCUGGUGUGUCGGCACCCGGCACAUGGAGAAGAUGAAGGAGGUGGGUCACGAGAUCGUCGACGAUGAGACUUGGCUAAUUGACGCCAUGAUCGGCCUUAUGACUGGUCCUCCCAAGGUGGUGGGCUUGCCGUUAAAUUCGCAGUUGUAUAAUGCUGUGAUGUACAUGCCUGGCUUCGCCGAGCUAGAUUUGCUUUUUGCCGUUUUGCAUCUGAAGGACAACUAUGCCCAGGCUGCUGUGUAUAUGGACAUGAGAGAAGAGGACCGUGUAUCAUGGCUCAUGGACUUGCUGAGAAAAAAAAGGGCAGGGCUUCUGUGA